UCUGCUUUGUAUAAGCACUAACAAAGGCGGAGAGAGAAGACAUUCCACUGCAUCGACAGAGGCAGCGGCGGCUGGUCCCUGAUGGAGUGGGGCGACGAGUGGCUCGCGCCGGACAAGCUGCAGCACGUCCUCGCCUGCCUCCUCAUCGCCCUCGCCGCCGCCGCGCUCGCCGGACGGAGCUCCCGCCCCUUCCUCCGCCGCCGCGCGCUGGCCCUCGGCUGCGCCGCCUCGCUCGCCGUCGGCGCCGCCAAGGAGGCCGCCGACGAGACCCGCCUCUUCGGGUCCUCCGGCGCCUCGCUCAGGGACGCCGCGGCCGACCUCCUCGGCGUCGCCCUCGCCGCGGGCCUCUUCUCCCUCGCCCGCCGCCUCCGCCGUCAACGGCGCCGGGAGAAGGCCGACGAUACGGACGGCAGCAUCUCCAUGGUCUGA